CGAGCCAAAAACAACAUGAAGUUCCUGAUUGUCUUCGUCGCCCUGUUCGCCGUGGCUCUGGCCAAUCCUACCGCUGAUAUCCUGCGAUCGGAAUCCGAUGUUGGACCCGAGAACUUCAAAUACGACUGGGAGACUAGCGAUGGCCAGGCUGCUCAGGCCCAAGGUGUGCUGAACAACCCUGGAUCCGAUCAUGAAUCCCUCGCCGUCCAGGGAUCCUACCGCUUCGUUGGUGAUGAUGGUGUCACCUACCAGGUCAACUACAUCGCCGAUGAGAACGGAUUCCAGCCCCAGGGUGCCCAUCUGCCCGUUGCUCCCUAA